CCGAUGCGCUUUGGCAAAUGCGACUUAACACGCCCCAAACCACAAUCCUCAAUUCGACGUGAUGGCUCUCGCUCGCUCCGCCAGUGGUCCAGGCGGCUUGAGCAUCAACACGGGAGCCGCCAAUACCUUUGGAGGCAGCACCAGCGCAUCAACCCAGCCUCCAGCUGCCGGCGGUCUCUUCGGAAACUCAAACGCCCCUGCGUCUGCCGCUGCAGCCCCCUCGACCAGUCUCUUCGGAAGCCCAGCCCCGGCCGGCGCAUCAUCUGCAGGCGCUGCGACUGGCGGCGGCGGACUCUUCGGCGCGGCCCCGAUAAUCAAGACCCCCCAGGCCCAGACAUCGACUGGAAUGUUUGGUGCGUCUGCUGCCAGGCCAGCCGGCGGCGGGCUGUUUGGCUCAACAGCGCCCGCUGCCUCUGCCCCAGCGUCAGGCGGCCUGUUCGGCUCGACCGCGACAGCCACCCAACCACAACAACCUGCUGGUGGCGGCCUUUUCGGUGGUGCCCAAGCCUCCAACACUACGACUGGUGGUGGCCUGUUUGGUGCUGCUCAAUCUUCCAACCCUACUACUACUACGACUGGCGGUGGUCUUUUUGGUGGUGCUCAACCCUCCAACACCGCUGGAUCGAGCUUUUUUGGCGGACAGCAGCAGCAGCAGCAGCAGCAGCAGCAGCAGCAGCAACAGCAGCAGCAACAACAACAAGCUGCCCCGGCUCAGGCGACUGGCGGCUUGUUUGGCCAGUCCCAGGCAAAACCAUCACUUUUUGGCUCAUCGCUCGCUCCCACAGCUUCCGCUCCGCAGACACAACCUAGCAUGUUCGGCCGCACGAUGGGGGCCACGGCUGCGCCUACUCCUGGUCUGACUAUGGGUCAGUCCACGAAUCAGCAACAGGUCAUCCCUGGAGUGCGCAUCGACAUCAGCAACCUAAAAUCGACCACGCGGUUCAACGACCUACAGGAGACGAUACAGGAGGAGAUCCAGAAACUCGACAAGGGUAUCCAGGUUAUCAUGCAGCAGUGUCACGACGUCGAGGCGUUCAUGCCGGCUCAUGGCGAACAGCUCGGGGCGAUACCAAACGACGUUCGCUUCGUGUCGCGCAAGUACGAGGGCGCCGAGACAGCCUUGUCAUCGGAUGCGCAGGCGGUCAAGGCCGUCCGCGAGCUCGUCCACCUCGACGCCGAGCAGGCCAAGCUCAGCUUCAAGGCAGUCGACAACCUCAAGCUGCCAGCACAGUACCACACAGCCGGGUUAUGGUCAUCCAGCAGCGCCGCGGCCGUCCGCCAGCAGCAGGAGGCGACCGGAGGCUCGGGCGGCGGUAGUGGCGACAGCAACUCGGAUCUCAUCGCUUUCUUUUCGCGCACCGCCGACGAGAUGGACGAGCAGCUCAAGCGCUUCCAGCGCAACCUGGGCGAAAUCGAGUCCCACAUGCAAGCCGUCAGCUCGAACCUAUUUGAGCAGCUACAGCGCACUACGGCGGCCAGGAACGCAGGGGCUAGCGGGCCGGGUGGGCCUGAGGAUCAGGUGGCCGAGCUGGCGAGCGUCCUCAGCGGAUUCGAGGAGAGCAUUCUGACUGUUGCAUCAGCGGUGGGAGGCGUGAGGGAAGGCGUAACGACACUUCAGCUCGGUGACUUUAUGGGCCAAGGCCGGGACAGCAUGCGUUAGGGUGUGAUGUUGGAGCAAAUACAGCCAUGUACAAAUAAUAAACCAGAUACCUGUCUAGCCUUUCACUUUCCAAACAUCGGCCUUGGCUGCCUCGAAUUGCCAGGCACAAGCAACCCUCCCAUAUACGUGCACGAUAUUAGGUACGACAAAGUAGCGAACUCUAGAGCGCAAGCUAACCAUGGGAAAAAUUAAGCGUAAGCUG